AUGAAGCUGUCAAAUCAGUCUGAGGUGCCUGUGUACACCAUCUCAGGCUCUAACACUGCCCGUCCACUUCCAGAAUGGCUUGCCAGACGCCGCAAGCGCAGCUUAAAAGACGAUCCCGAGUAUGCGAACCGGGUGGAGUUGUUACAAGAUUUCGAGUUUGAAGAGGCUAGCCAGUGUAUCCGGGCUAGUGAAGAUGGCGAAUGGGUCAUGAGUACAGGUACCUACAAGCCGCAAAUUCACACCCACCAUCUCCCACAACUUUCAUUGUCCUGGGCGCGGCAUACAGUAGCACUUAAUACCACUUUUCUCCUCCUAUCCUCGGAUUACACAAAGUCCCUUCAUCUUCAAUCCGACCGCUCUCUUGAAUUCCACACACCGUCCGGAUGCCAUUACACAACCCGACUGCCACGAUAUGGACGUGAUCUAGUAUUUGACCGACAGUCGACGGAGGCCCUCAUACCCUCAGUCGGUGUGAACCAGGAUGGAAUGGGAGAGGUGUUCCGACUGAACUUGGAACUGGGAAGGUACAUGCGCAGCUUCGAGGUGGAUGUCGGUGGAGAUGAUUUCACUUCUGCCGGAGGUGGCACCCUACAAGGUGGUAUUCACACCGGAUCAGUGAACACAGGUGCAAUUGCGGAGGAAAGUCACAACCUGCUUGCUUUUGGUACAUCGGUUGGAACAGUGGAACUAUGGGAUCCUAGAGCCAAGGGCCGAGCAGGCGUCCUCUUGCCACCCACUGCACAAUUCAGCGCUGAUGAAGGACGAGCCGAGAUCACUGCGCUGGAGUUCAACCGCUCUGGUUUGACUCUUGGUACUGGUUCCUCAAAUGGCCUCAUGCAUCUUUACGAUCUGCGUUCCCCCGUCCCCCUCCUGAAGAAGGAUCAAGGAUACGGCUUCCCUAUCCACACUCUUAAGUUCCUGCAACCCUCCACCGCAACCCGUGAAGCGACAAUGGAUCCAAAGAUUAUGUCUGCGGAUAAGCGUAUUAUCAAGAUUUGGGACCCCCGCGAUGGUAGCCCUUGGACUUCCGUCGAGCCAGCCGUGGAUAUCAACUCAGUGGCUUGGUGCAAGGACAGCGGAAUGCUUCUCACGGCCAACGAAGGCCGUCAGCAACAUUCAUUCUUCAUCCCACAGCUUGGACCUGCACCAAAGUGGUGCUCCUUCCUGGACAACCUGGUUGAAGAAAUGGCCGAGGAUCCUAACGAUCCUAACGCUUUCGCCAGCACCCAGGCUGGCGCUGUUUAUGACAACUUCAAGUUCUUGACUGUUCCUCAGCUCCGCACAUUGAACCUGGAGCAUCUCAUCGGCCGUACCAACCUCUUGCGACCAUACAUGCACGGUUACUUCGUGGGACAGAGACUCUACGAGGAGGCGAGACUGAUUGCUAACCCAUACGUCUGGGAGGAGGAGCGCGCCAAGCGUGUGAAGGAGAAGAUCGACAAGGAGCGCGAGAGCCGUAUCCGCGGAAAGAAGAAGGCCACUGUCAAGGUGAACAAGAAGCUGGCGGAGAGAUUGAUGAACGCCGAGGAGAAGGCUGAGCGCAAGAGAGCCCGUGGUGUUCUGGAGCGUGGCGGUGACGCGGACAUGGUCGACGCUCCCACUGAAGGCACAGAUGAGCCCAAGACUUCCGUUGGUGAUAGCCGUUUCGCCAAGCUGUUCGAGGACGAGGAUUUCGCUGUCGACGAGACAUCUCGCGAAUUCCAGCUCCUCAACCCCAGCACUGUGCCCCAGAAGGGCGAACGAGGAGAGCGUGGCCUUACAGCCGUCGAACAAGAAGCCGCCGAUGACACACCUGGUUCUAGUGAUGAUGACUCUGAUUCCGAUGGUGAACGCGAACGUGAAAGACCCGCUAAGCCCCAAGCGUCCAAGAAGAUUUCCUCAACCGAUUACAAGAAAACGAGAAAAGCUCCUCCUCGCAUGCAGGUUUCUUCUUCAGCGGCACGUACCAACUCUACACGUGACCGGUCGUUUGGAUCUCGUGCCCAAAACAUGAAGUCCAGAGCUAAGCCCUCACGCCAGGGCGGUGCUGUCGGUGAGCGAGAAGUCAGCUUCAUGCCCGCCUCGAAGUCUAAGAAGGAUAAGCCCGAAGUCCAAUACGACAAGACCUCUUCGUCUUCGUUCCGCAGCAAGGAACGUCGUAGUGCCUCCAACAACGCUUUCCGUGGUAUGUGA